UGGUCUAUUUUUCUGUCCAAUUGGAACACAGCAAUGACGUUAAGGUUAAAUAUCAACCUGACAGAAUAUAUUUUGUUAAUUCCUAUAUUUUAUUAUCAAGAGAUGGAUUCAAACAUAGCGUUGCCUGAGUUACCUAUCGACAGGAUUUUAUCCUGCGGUGUCAAUUCUAGUGCACCAAUGUCUGCUUUAGCCAUCCAUAGGAUAUUCACUAAUGAUAUGGUUUCAAACAUAUCGCUGCCUGGAAUGCCUAUGCGAAGCAUUUUAUCAAAUGAUGCUGGUGUACAUUUCCUAACCAGGAAACCACCACAUAUCCUAGAGAUCUUCCCCAAACCCUCAACUUCUUGCAGUGAAAAUUGCAUUGUAUAUACCUGUUUCCAUUGUGGAAUAAACUUCAAUAGCAUGAGAUCUCUUGAAUCACACAUGAAACUAGUGCAUAUACCAGAAAUAAAAGUAAUUAUGAAAAAAAGAAGACGCAUAGAACAGAAAAGACUACAAAUGGAGGAUGAAAUUAAGACAGAUAUCAUCAAACCCGAAAAAUCGGGUAUUAAGCUAACAAAAAAUAUGAAAAAAUAUCUAGAAAGUCUGAUGAAAAAAUUAAUUAAUCAAAGCAGUCGGGAUAAGCCAUUUAAGUGUACAGUAUGUUCUUUCACUACUGCCUGGUCAAUAAACUUGAAACGACACAUAAUGUCACAGCAUACUAAUGAAAAACCCUACAAGUGUAAAUUCUGUGAUUAUAAAUGUACUCAACCAAGUGCUCUAAAAACUCAUACAGUGACCCAGCAUACUUCUGAAAAACCCCAUCAGUGUUCCUUGUGUGAUUACAAAACUGCAAGAUCCACUUAUUUAAAAACCCACAUGAUGUCCCACCACACAAAAGAAAAGCCCCGUAAAUGUCAAUUUUGUGACUAUAGAUAUAUUCACUCGAGUAAUUUAAAAAUACAUAUAAUGACACAUCAUACAAAUGAGAAACCCCACCAGUGUCAAUUAUGUGGUUAUAGUACAGCUAAAUCUAGUCAUUUACAAACACAUAUACGAGUACAUCAUACAAAUGAGAAACCACACAAGUGCCCAUAUUGUGAUCACAAGUCAACACAAUCUGGUGACUUAAAAAGACAUAUUAGGGUUCGUCAUUCUGAUGAGAAGCCAUUUACUUGUACAAUAUGUGACUUCAAGAGUGCAUGUCCAUCCAGCUUAAAAGCUCAUGUAAGAAACCAACACACAAAUGAAAAACUUCAAUGUUCAUUCUGUGAAUAUAAGACCCCAAGAGCCUCAUAUUUAAGAACUCAUAUAAUGAUUAAACAUACGAAAGAGAGGCCCUAUCAGUGUUCGCUAUGUGAGUAUGGUGCUGCAACCCAAAGUCAUUUGAAACAGCAUAUUAUGACACGUCAUACUUGUGGGACAUCAGGUAUUCAUAAUUCUAUUACUUAAAAUAUAAAAAAAGGUAUGUUUUAUUAUCAUAAACAAUUGGAUCUUAGACCGAUGGAGUGAUUUGACUACAUUUGCCUGAAUUAUGUAAUGGUAUAGAAAUAACCUAAGCAUAAGCUGAUGUAGGUGGAAAUCUUAGUGUGUUUAUUUCAUUCCACACAUUAUCGCUUCUCAAUGUAUUUAGAGUGAAGGAGGACCAUUUGAAAAGCAAUAUUAUUGAAUUCUCUCCAUUGAAUCAGUAAGUGACUGUUCAUUGGCUGCAAUAGAAUUCAUUUGAUAAUGGAAAUCAACGCAUCGAUAAGAACUUAAAAUAGAUUGGUUCAUGUUGAGGUACUAGUCAUCAUACUUCUGAUUAUGAAUGUUUCUAGAGAUAAUAAGAUAAGGAGUGGUAAAGAAUCAUAGAUAGAUACAACCUAUAAGUGUCUGUUCAUUGAGUGUUGCGUAAUAGACCUUAAUAGGUCGGGAAAUAUUUGAGAACUAAUCUCAUAAUUUAAUUUCUUCUUUUGCAUCAUAGUAUUUUUCUUUCAUUGCCUUUGUUGGUUAAAAGAAAGUAAUAAGAAGUUUCCAAAUAGUGGUGAACAUAAGAGGAGUGGAAUACUUAGAAGUUUUUGAGAAAAGUAUGACUAUUUUUUAUUGUUAUUCAAGGUUUCUAUAAGUUGAAAAAAAAAAAAAUCUUUAACUGAGAAAUGUAUUGAAAUAAAAAGUAUGAACCAAUAUUUUUCCAGAUGAAAUAAAUAACUUUUAAAUUAUUG